AUCGCAACACAGGAACAAUGUCGGCAUCAACUCUGACUCUGCUCGUGCGCCCUAGAGGCCGCCCGAUCAAGAACCUCCCCGAGACAAUCACCGUCAGCUCCGACGCUCCUGCCUCGCACAUCUUUGAGGAAGUUGCCAAAGCUUCGAAAUUCUCCAUCCACCGCCUGAGGAUUACAAAGGGCAGCGAUAGCUCGGCUGUCAACAACACCAAGGAUGUGACAGUCUACGACACAGGCCUGAGGAACAAGAGCGCCAUCGAUGUCAAGGACUUGGGACCCCAGAUUUCAUGGCGAACCGUCUUCAUCGUCGAAUACCUCGGACCCCUCCUGAUCCACCCGCUCGUCUACUUUGGCCGCAGCCUCAUCUAUGGCACCUCGGAGCCUCCCUCUCAGCUGCAGAAACUCACGUUCCUCAUGUGUGUGGCACAUUUUGCGAAGCGCGAGUUUGAGACGCUCUUCGUCCACCGCUUCUCAUCGGCCACUAUGCCCAUCAUGAACAUCUACAAGAACAGCGGCUACUACUGGCUUUUGUCUGGCUUUAACCUCGCAUACUGGAGUUACGGCCCCAACAGUCCGGCUGCGAAACCUUCGAAUCCCCUCCUGACAUACCUCGGAGUUGCCCUAUUCGUCAUUGGCGAAGUCUGCAACUACAGCACGCACAUGACUCUGAAGAACCUGCGUCGGCCGGGUACCACUGAGCGCGGCAUUCCCCAAGGGCUAGGCUUCAAUAUGGUGACGUGUCCAAAUUACAUGUUUGAGGCCAUUGCUUGGAUCGGCGUCGCUUUGGUCAACUGGAGCCUGAGCACCGUCCUUUUCAUUAUCGUGGCAGUUGGUCAGAUGGGCGUCUGGGCAUGGAAGAAGGAGAGGAGAUAUCGCAAGGAGUUUGGCGACAAGUACAAGCGCAAGAGGUACGCAAUCCUGCCGGGCAUCUGGUAAAUGGUGCAUCACGCCAUCGCAGAAGCAGGUCAUGCAGUGGUACGGCGAAGCGCGGUAGGAGGGUGGCACAGCCUACGGGACGAUGCAAUAACUUGCUUCAGAUGACUGUCUAGCAUGUACCAAGACUUUGGGGUCCGUUUUGCAAGGCUGAGCUUGAAGCCGAGCGGAGGACGCCUAUUGAAAUGGUCCCACCCAACCCGGAGCGGUCACACUCCGCAGGUACCCGUAGCUAGUGUCUCGAGGACUCGACGUAAAUUAUAUAAUUAUAUCAUCUUUCCAAUGA